AACAUAGAAUGGCCGCAGUAACCGACGAUUUUGUGAAGAAGUGCGAGGUAAAACAGAAUGACACGCUGGGCAGAUUUUUGGUUGCCCUGUGUAAUCUUCGAGCUGGCGAGACUUUGCUACUGGAGAAACCAAUCGUUGUUUUGCCCCAGUUGGGUGAUCGACGUUGCUCCAAGUGCUUCAAACUGACGGAGAGCUUUUGCAGAAAGUGUCGCCUUUUGACUUUGUGCGAGGACUGCUCGGAACACGAUGAACGUAAUUGCCAGAGGCUUUCUGGAAUGGACCUUUCAGAUGAUCAAGUGAAGAUUAUCCAGAAAAAAGAGCAUACAGAAGUACAGGCAGCCCUAAAAUGCCUGCUCUUAAGAGAGCACCAAGAAACUCUUCCCUUAUACGAGGAAAUGACCCAAAUGGAAAACCAAUUGGCUGCUAGAAAGGGUACAGAUAUAUGGAAAAACUACCAGGAGCAUGCUAUUGCUCCCCUAGAAACUGGAGGUGUGCUAAAGCAAUUAAGUGGCGAGGCGGAUGAGGAUCUGGUGCAGGGUCUACUUGGCAUCCUGGAUAUAAAUGCUUUUGAGAUUAGGGCUCCGGAGUCGGGUGGGACGUUGAGAGGAUUGUAUCGCAGGGCUGGCCUUUUUGCCCACAGCUGCAUGCCAAACCUGGUGACCGCCAUCGAUGACGAGAGACGCAUAAAGGUGUACACUAACCGAUUUAUAGCCGCCGGGGAGAUUCUCUAUAAUUGCUACACCAAUGUGCUUCUGGGCACUGAGGAGCGUCGUCAAAUCCUUAAGGAGGGUAAGUGCUUUGACUGCACCUGUCCGAGAUGCCAGGACCCUACUGAGCUGGGCACUCAUAUGAGCAGCUUUAUAUGCAGCCACUGUUCCUGUCCAGAAGGAUACAUAAUUCGCCAACCGGAUACGGGAACCUGGCAAUGUCUCUUGAAUCCAGAUCACACUUUAAAGCAAGAGUUUGUGACUAAUAUGCUGGAGCGAGCUAAGGAGGAAAUAUUCCAUGCCAGAGAUGAUAUAUACAGGUUGGAGCUACUUUUGGCCAAGCUGAGCCGCCUUCUGCAUCGGAAUCACUUUCUAAUGCUGGAUUUGAAACAAAAUAUUGCCUCCAUAUUGCGUCAGAUUCUGCAGAAUAUAACACACCGACCAAAUAGGAAGGUCUACGAGAGGAAGAUACGUUUGUGCCAGGAGAUACUGUUGGUACUCAAGGUCGUCACCCCUGGAAUCUCCAGAUUGAAGGCUAUUGCUUUAUAUGAGUUGGCUAACACACAGGCAGAACUGGCCAGAAAACUAUACAGCGAGCAGGAGCAUAGUACCAAUGAUCUUUUGGUGGAAUUGCAACAAGUCGAAGUUAUGCUACGGGAAUCGCUGCGAAUGCUUUUAUUUGAACCCUUGGCCACUCCAGAGGGUCAACUGUCGCGCACUAUGCUUCGAGAGUUGAAGGAGCUGCAGGAUGAUAUAAAAAAUCUGCAAGAAUCUAAUGACGUUUUGGUAAAUCAGUAAAAAGCUUUUUCCUUUCAAGUUAUAAAAUUGGUAAAUGAAUUAAAAAGUAGUAAGUGAUUAUUAAAAAUAAAAAAAAGAUAAGCUUGUGAAUAUAAAAAAUGGUAACUUAAGUAUUUCUUAAAAGUGAGAAUAUUAUAAAACCAAUCCAAUGGAAAUUUAAAUUUUCACAAGAACCGUUAAAAUACAGAUUUCGUUUCGGGAAUACCCUUAAUAUGUCUUACAAAAUUACUAUUACAAAUUUAUAAAGUUCAAACUCGAUAACCGAUGGUAAGCUCUAAUCGAACAAGUUUACUGUUAUCGUCAACACUACGCAAUCUUUUUUAAUCGUUAUUUACGUUUUUUUGCAUUAAACAAUAAAAGCUUAGUUGGACAAAAGAGUUAACCGUAGGAUUUUUGACUAUUUACUAUAAAUAAGACAAAGAAACAAUCAUUUAUUGGAGCCAGCUGAUUCCUGAUAAUACAGAUGGGGGAUACUCCGCGGAAAAGGGAAAAACAACCCCCAAGUGGUAAAAGCGAGGGUGUUUAAGAGUUGCUGCUCAGUUGCGAUUUGCAAGUGCCAUCGAGAUAAGCUGCUCUGACUAGUAUUCCGACUGCAGCACAAAAAAAAACAAAUGUUGAAAUAUAGACAUCACUAAGUCGAGCCCCCUCACCCCCCGCAAUCAUCGUGAUGUCUUGGACGUUGUGAAAUA